UGGCAUUCCACCUGUGACAGUCUGUAUCGCCGAUCAAACACUGCAAAUUUUGCCUAGAAGAGACUAGCGUCUUCAAGGCGGUAAGCGUCCCGCCCAAAAUUUUAUCGCGGAGGUUUAUCGAUUCCGCAGAUUUGGCCUGGAUUAGAUCAAUCUUUUCUUGUUCAUUCGGAAGUCAAGCCAUGGGGAAAAGAAAAGCGAGUGGUCGCCCGGCGGCCAGGAAAGGGUCCGCCCCAGAACGUACAAAAUUCAACAUCGAGGAGAGGUUCGACGACUCCGAAGAUGAAUUUCAGACUGGUCGGGAUCAAGUCCUGCUGGAGGAAGAACCGGAGGCGAAGAGACGGCGGAAGGUGGCCCAGGAAGAGGAAAUGCUCCAACCUUCUGAUGAAGAAAUCAUGGGUUACGAGUCGGUCGACGAAGACGACCUAGAAGACGAUGAGGACAUGGAUGAGGUGGAUGAUUACGGCGAAGAGGAGGAGAUAGACGACGAAGAACUCUUACGUCCUAGAACAAAGCGCGGUGGUGCUGCGGGGUCUGAUUCCGAGGACGAGGACGAGGAUGGCAUUGCUGCUUGGGGUUCAUCGAAGAAAGACCUUUACAAUGCCGAUCAAAUAGAAACGGAAGCGGAUGCUCUUGAGGAAGAGGAGGAAGCUAAAAGACUUCAACAGAAGCAUUUGCAAGCGAUGGAUGAGGCAGACUUUGGCUUUGACGAAACCGAAUGGGUCGAAUCUGGCAAAGGGCAAGAAGAUAGGGAAGGUGAUGCUGGAGAAGUCACGGAGGUUCUCCCGCAGUUGGAAAUCACAGACGAUAUGAGCACAGAGGAGAAACUGAAAAUUUUGAAGUCGAGAUAUCCCGAGUUCGAGCCAUUGGCAAAGGAUUUCAUCGACCUUCAGACAACACAUCGCACGCUUGCAGAAGCCGCUGAGGCUGCCAAGACCACCAAAGAUGAAGUCCCGGAAGUUGCCCCAGUUGCUGUCAUUAAAUUCCGUGCCCUGUCGGCUUAUCUUGGUACCUUUACUAUGUAUCUUCUGCUUUUAACAUCAUCUCGUGAUGCCUCUGGGAAUCCGGCUCCCUUGUCCCCGGCUCAGCUUCGAUCACACCCCGUUAUGGGUGCUCUAGUGAAGUUCCGCAAGCUUUGGGAGUCUGUCAAAGACCUUACUGCUCCCGAAGUGUCGGAUAUCGACGAGGAUAUGGACAGCGAAGAGGAGGUAUCUGACGCACCUGUCUUCAAGAAGCAGAGUGAAAAUAAGGAGGUGCAAAUUACCAAGAAAAAGAAGGAAAAGGUCUCCAAAGCACAACGCGCCGCCGAAGCAGCACAGGCAGAGGCAGAAGCUCGUAGGGCACAGAGACUACGGGAGACAGAGGCUAAUCUUGCGGAUCUCUCGAAUCUCGUCACGAAGCCUGGCAAGAAGAGAGCCACUCAAAAGGCUAAACAAUCUUCUAAGGCUGCUGAUGACUCCGACUUCGGUGAUGAAGAUGCUCUUACUGCUAAGGAGGCCGAGGAGAAAGCCAAGCAGAAGCGUUCUCUUCGUUUCUAUACUUCCCAACUCGCACAGAAGGCUAACAAGCGCACUGCUGCUGGUCGCGAUGCUGGUGGCGAUGCGGAUAUACCUUAUCGUGAACGUUUGAAGGAUCGCCAGGCUCGCUUGAACGCUGAAGCUGAGAAGCGUGGUAGACAGAAGCCUAAGGAGUCCGAACAACUGGGUGGCGAUAGCGACGACGAAGACCAUCGGGUUGCCAAUGAGCUUAGAGGGGACCAGGGCGGAUCAGACGAUGACGAUUAUUACGAUAUGAUCGCUGCACGCUCCAAGCAACGUAAGGAUGAUAAAAAGGCGCGUGCCGAAGCCUACGCUGCUGCUGCCCGUGAAGGAGGCGAGGUGGCCAUCCAGGAGGAAAUUGGACCAGACGGCAAACGAGCCAUUACAUACCAAAUCGAGAAGAACAAGGGUCUUGCGCCCAAGCGGAGCAAGGACUCUCGUAAUCCCCGUGUCAAGAAGAGGAAGAGGUUCGAAGAGAAGAAGAAGAAGCUGGGUAGUAUCCGCCAGUUAUACAAGGGUGGCGAAGGUCGUGGUGGUUAUGGUGGUGAACUUACUGGCAUCAAGAAGAACCUGGUCAAAAGUGUCAAGCUAUAGAAUUUUCCCCUUUGUUGUUUCUUUGCGGUAUGAGUGGAUACUUAUAGUCCGGGCGUUUGAUCUCGUGAUAUCAAAAAGGAUUUGUGUGUACAUAUAUAAUUCAUAUGAUAAAACCUCUGUUCGAGACCCAUUUCCUUCUUAGACUGGUUUAAAGACAUGCACAUUCUGUUAACAAAACAAAUUUCCU